AUGACUUUGAUGCCUUUGGAUGCUAUAAGCACGGUUAGAGACAAUUCGGAUGUCCUAGAUCCUGGUCUAGUGCAGGAGGCUGUUUCAGAUGUAAUGACUGGGCAAUAUUGGCAGUUUGCAACCACCACCCUCCUAGUCUACGACACUGUGAUUACAAUGGAUAGAGAGCGACGUCGGCUCACUAAGCCUGUAAAUUUGAUUUAUUUUAUAAAUCGUUAUAUAGGCAUUUUCGGAGCUAUAUCACGCAUAUUCGAAGGAGGGCUGAAUGUUAACCAAGGCAUAUGCAAGUUCUCUGACUGGGCUCUCAACAUCUCCAGGAAAUCCCUUACAAUAUGUCUAAUGACCCUCCUGGGUUUGGAGACAGUCUCCAAAUUUGCUAUAGUUGUAUAUGGAACAUGGGCAAAUCAGGGACACAGUUUCUAG